GGGAGGGGGCGGGGCCUCCGCUGACAACAUGGCGGAGAGUGACGGGGAGACCCUGGAGUCCUGGCUGAAUAAAGCCACAAACCCUUGCAACCGUCAGGAAGACUGGGAGUACAUCAUCAGCUUCUGUGACCAAGUUAAUAAAGAACUGGAGGGUCCUCAGAUUGCUGUCAGACUUUUGGCUCACAAAAUCCAAUCCCCUCAGGAAUGGGAAGCUCUGCAAGCACUUACUGUUCUAGAAGCCUGUAUGAAGAACUGCGGGAGGAGGUUCCACAAUGAGGUUGGCAAGUUCCGCUUCCUCAAUGAGCUGAUUAAAGUUGUAUCCCCAAAGUAUCUAGGGGACAGAGUGUCAGAGAAAGUGAAAAGUAAAGUUGUUGGCCUGCUAUAUAGCUGGACAGUUGCCCUACCCGAGGAGAUCAAGAUAAAGGAUGCUUACCAUAUGCUAAAGAGACAAGGCAUUGUCAUCUCAGAUCCUCUAAUACCAGUAGAUAACACUCUAAUACCCUCUCCACCCGCUCGUCCGAAGAAUCCCAUCUUUGAAGAUGAGGAGAGAUCCAAGCUUUUGGCAAAAUUGUUAAAAAGUAAGAAUCCAGAUGACCUCCAGGAAGCAAACAAGCUGAUUAAAUCAAUGGUUAAGGAGGAUGAGGUGCGUAUGCAGAGAGCGAGUAAGCGUGUUCACACGUUGGAGGAGGUGAAUAACAAUGUGAAGCUGUUACAGGAAAUGCUGAUACAUUACAGCAAAGAGGAGUCAUCAGAGGGAGACAGGGAGCUUAUGAAGGAGCUGUUUGAGAGGUGCGAAACCAAGAGGCUCACCUUAUUCAAAAUGGCCAGUGAAACCGAGGAUAAUGACAGUAGCCUGGGGGACAUUCUACAAGCAAGCGACAACUUAUCGCGUGUCAUCAACCUGUACAAGAAAGUUGUAGAAGGUCAAGACAUCAAUGGAGAAUUGGAUCUUCCAGAUAUAUCUGACAAGUCUUCCUCCAGUAAGGACAUACCCACCCUCAUUGAUCUCGGAGGAUUUGAAGCCCCCAGCCCACCGGUGGAGCAAGUUCCCGUAAUGCCAGCACAGCCACAGCAGCUGCCAGCUAUAAUACCCAUCCUUCCCCCGCCUCCUCUACUCCCAACACACACAGGCAGCCAGUCAUCUCACGCAGAUAAUGCUUUAAUUCAGAUGAACAGUAUUUCCAGCUCUGUUUGUCUGCUGGAUGAGGAGUUGUUGUUUUUAGGUCUAGAAGAUUCAGCUAUAAAUGAGACUUUAGAAGGGACUUCGGGUUCCAAAAGUGAUAUGUUGCAGGGGGAUGAGGGGGAACUGGAUUUCUUUGCUGGACCUCCUUUGUCCUCUUCAAAUGUUACUGCCUUGGAGACACAAUCAUUACAGCCACUGUGUGCAUCCACGGUGGCAUCGCAAUCCUCAGUGUAUUCCCCUUUGUUCUCUACUGCUACUUCAGGGCCACCGCCUGUCCCAGCAGGUAGCUUUCCUUCUGGGGGGAUUGCCUUGCACGAGCUGGAAAUGUUAGGUGCACAGCUACUUGAGGAGGCCAAAAGCUCAUCCAGUAAACCUAUGUCUUCACCUGUUGGUUUAAGCACCUUGCCGGCCUCCGUUCCUGCAAACCCUCCAAAUUCUGUGUCAGCUGCCCCUCCGUUCUAUUCGCUUCCUUUGGCUCCUGGAAGCCCCCUCUUUUCCUCACAGCUGCAGGGCAGCCCCCCGAAAGUACCAGUUAUCUCCUUAGCAAAUGUGAACGUUCCAUUGGAAUCAAUCAAACCCAGUACCAUCUUACCUAUCACUGCGUAUGACAAGAAUGGUUUCCGAAUCCUGCUGCAUUUUGCCAAGGAGUGUCCCCCCGCUCGCCCGGAUGUCCUGGUGGUAGUAAUAUCUAUGCUUAACACGGCGCCCUUGCCAAUCCAGAACAUUCUCCUGCAGGCUGCUGUACCCAAAACAAUGAAGGUGAAGUUGCAACCUCCGUCUGGCACAGAGAUGUUACCCUUUAAUCCCAUUCAGCCUCCUGCGGCCAUUACACAAGUCAUGCUGCUGGCAAACCCUCUGAAGGAAAAAGUCCGUCUCCGGUACAAGCUGUCUUUUACGCUAGGGGAAGAGUCCUACACGGAGGUGGGCGAAGUAGACCAGUUUCCAGAACCUGAUCAGUGGGGGAAGCUAUGACCCAGAUUCCGUUGUAAAUCUAGUCCUAUGACAAGGAACCGGAGGUGACAUGACCUUGAGGUUCAGAUUGUUUACACGUCUUGUCUGCACUGUGUCUGUUUGAAGGAUAAACUGAACUCAAACCAAUAGAUAAGAGACCCUCAAUGCACUUUAAUCUGACUUUCUUGAGUGGACCAUUUCCUGAUGCGUUCAACCUGUAUAGCAGGCAUGUCAAAAUGUGGACCCUCCUUCUCUUUUUUUUUUUGUCUUGCAGAUUCUUUCAUUUUCAUGACAAUUAACCCACUCCAAAUUUGUAAAUACAUUUGAAUUGAAGAACUGCAUUGUGCCCCUCCCCCCAAAUAUUUAGGAGACAGACCGACUCCUGUGAUUUUUCAGCCCUGCAUUUAUUUAUGCACAAAACCUAAAUAUUUUCACAUAUAUACUCUUUGUGACCUUCUGAGCCAGAGGUUAGAGGCAGACAAAGAGUAGACAGUAAAUAGGUAAGACAUUAAAAACAUACCCACUUUAUAACUGCUGUUUUCUUGAUCAGCCUCAACGUAAUGACUUGUGGUCAGAGGAUUAAUGGCCAUUGUAAUUUUAUAUUCUAGACAGUAUUAUUAGAAUAGUUAUAGAUUUAUUAAAUUUGGAAUACGUGUGCAUCUAGACAUCAUGUAGUUAUGAGCCCUUCCAAAAGAGGUGAACAAAACAUGUCGACCUGUUUGUUCAAUGUUCAUAUGCUUGGCAGAUAAACUAUAUUUCUGUAUACUUCUGAUAUUCAUUGUAAGAAACUGGAUUCUAGAGGAUGUUUAAUACAACACUGUGAGAUUCUUGGCCAUGUUAGGCUAGGCAGAGAAGAUAUAUUCUGUGACUUCAGAUCCCAUGAUAUUAUCCAGUGUUAGAAAAUAGAUCAGGCAAAACACUGCGACAUUCACGGUCCAAAAAAAACAAAACAUAUUAAGAGACAAAUUGUAAUCACAACUCAGAAGAUGUUAGAGGGCUUUAGGUCUGCGUGCUCUACAGAGCUUUUCUUACAUAAAAUAGACAAAAAAAGAAAAGUGUGUGUGUAUAAGCAUAUAAAUAUGCAUAGUAUGUAGAGGGAAUUGUUCCUCUGUAUUAAUGUUGUGAAAAAAAAGUCUGUUUCCUAGAUGCAGCCUUUAGAUAGCUUUCCGAUGUGCUUAAUUGUAUCUUGUACAUUCUUACUACCAUCUUCCUUUUAUCGGACUUGUUAAUUAGACCUAAUAAAUGCAGUGACAGUAUGC